CAAUCCAUAUUACUCAGUUAAUGAGUAAUGCCAGUAUGCCACCUCAGUGGUUGUCAGGCAAGCAGAACUUAUGACAGACUCUGGAGAAAGAACAGUCAGUGUUGUGAAGUCAGUUCUUGUGCUGAAGUCAGUUCUUCCCUCUCACUUUUCUGUCUGUUUACCGGUAUUGUUCUCUUUGUUCCCUAUGGAAUGUGAAACGGUUGUGGUAUUUCAGUAGGGGGACAGAUUGAUUCUUACAUAUCUCUAUGUAGAGCUCACAUCACAUGUUUACCUUUCAGUUAAGAUUAUAAGACCAUUCAUAUCAAAGGCUGAGAGUCAAAGUUCAAUUUGUGUAUACUGCUGUGCAUAAUGAUCACAUUUAGCUGGCCUAUCUUGUUUUGUUCACCUCCCCCAGUACAGGAAGUUGAGGUUUUUCUGUCUUCAUCACUACGGUGCUUCCGUAUGUGAAGCAGCUGCUUUGUUUAGUCCUGUGACAGACUGGUUCUGUCUACUCAGGCUAUACUGUUUGUUAGGUUCAUCACUGCUGCAUUCAUUCCCUGAAGGCAUUCUCCAUGGAUAGGCUGGUCCUACUCUGCUGUUUGUGCUUACAUGUGCAAUGGCUUUACGGUCAUCCACAAGAACAAGGUUCUCUCCGAUUUGUCGGCCUCGGAGACUGGGGAGGAUUUCCCCUCCCCCCAUACCAUACUUAUACCCAGUCAGAGGUAGCGAGUGAAAUGGCCAGGGUGACUAGUAGUAUGGGUCUGGACUUUGUCCUCAGUCUGGGUGACAACUUUUAUUUCAGUGGAGUAAAGGACGUGGACGAUCCCCGCUUCAAGGUCACCUUUGAGAAAGUGUUCUCUCAUCCAGACAUUCUGCGUGUGCCUUGGUACGUGGUGGCAGGUAACCAUGAUCACUUGGGAAACGUGACAGCCCAAAUUGCUUACUCUGCCCGCUCAGAGAGAUGGCAUUUCCCUGAGCUGUACUACCAACUGAAGUUUAAGAUCCCUAAUUCAAAUGUCUCCAUGACGAUACUAAUGAUUGACACGGUGACGCUAUGCGGGAACACCUAUGACAAGGAUCACCCAUUUGGACCUGAGGAUCCAGAGGCCUCUAACGAGCAGCUCCAGUGGAUCGAGAACCGCCUGAAGAGCGCCAAGUCAGAGUAUGUAGUGGUGGCUGGUCACUACCCGGUCUGGUCAAUUGGUCACCACGGUCCCACCCAGUGCCUGCUGGACCAUCUGAGGCCUCUGCUGAAGAAAUACGAUGUCACAGUCUACCUGUGUGGACAUGACCAUGACAUACAGUUUAACCAAGAGACCGAUGGGAGUGCGUAUGUGGUCAGUGGAAGCGGAGCCGUCACGUCCACUUCCGUUCAGCACCAGAAGAGCUUUCCGUCGUCCUGGCAGCUUUUCUCUAAUGCCAUCAAUGGCACUUCCAGCGGAUUCGCCUACUUUGAGGUGACGGCUGACCGCAUGACCAUUAGCUACAUUCAGACAGACGGGAAGUGUGUGUAUCAGAUGUCUCUUCCAAAGCGACGGACACAGUGGACAGAUAGUAGUGACCUCCCUUGAAGAAUUCCAUGGGAUUUUAUCAUCACUGACAACUACAAUUAGUGGUUUCAAUUAGUGAUUUCAACUUUUUUAAGAAUUAUUUUAUAAUUUGUUGCUGUGUAAUGGACUAUAUUGAUAUAGUUGACCUAAUAUAUACCAUGACUGAUUUUAUGAGUGGGCUAUGUAACAUCACCUAUAGAGGGCAGUAGAGUAUGUGGUAUGCAUCAGUGCAUUAUGCAUCAAAAGGAUGUCUAUUCAAAUCGAGAGUCAAAUCAUUUCUCUUUAUUUUCAGUAUAAAAAGUAAAACUACAAAAAUAAAAAGUACCUUAGUCCAGAGGAA